GUCCGAAGGGGUUUCCAGGUCCCCCUGGAACUCCAGGAAUGAGAUGUCCAGAUGGGCAGAAAGGCCAGCAGGGCAAGCCAGGAAGUCCUGGAAUUCCAGGUCCACCUGGUUUUCGUGGUGACAUGGGAGAUCCCGGCAUUGGAGGCGAAAAGGGGACCUCCCCUAGUGGACCCCCAGGUCCACCUGGGUCUCCUGGAAUGGAUGGCCAGAAAGGAAUCCCAGGAGACCCUUCGUUUGGUGACCCAGGACCCCCUGGAGAUAGGGGUCUUCCAGGAGUUCCAGGCAUGAAAGGAAGCAAAGGUUACCCAGGAUGCCCAGGGUUUGAAGGGCCACCUGGCAACCCUGGAUCUCCAGGUCUCAAAGGUCCCAAAGGCAGACAAGGAAGUCCUGGGUUUCCAGGGAUCCCAGGACCCCCUGGUCAUUCCUGUGAAAGAGGUGCUCCAGGGACCCCAGGACAACCAGGACUUCCUGGAGCUCCUGGUAGUCCAGGUAAGUGCCACCAAGUGUCAAAAUAUGAAGCUUCUGGGCGUUCCCUCCUUACAGUCGGGAAGCUUGCCUCUCACUCAUGUUUGGCUGUCAGCAGAAUCAUGAUUUGGAGACAAAAAUACCCUUCAUUCAUAAAUUUCUUCUUGGUCUGUGUCAUUUCCCCAACCAAAUUCUUGUCAGGCCACAUGUAUGGAGCUGGCUAGUGGCUGCACACAGGGUGGGUUGUAGUAUAUGCAAGUUUAGGAAGCAUCGCUUCUCAGCAGCCUUCAAGUGGAAGGAAAGUGCAGCAUCCGCUGUCAAAGCUAUUCCUGCAAACAUGGCCUUGGGAGUUGCCCCGGGUGAUGACCAGGACCUGACAGUCUUGGCACAAGAAUGAGUGUGUGUCUUCUCACACGGGUGUUCAGGGGCUCCUCCCAUCCCCUGGGCCGACUAUCACAAAAUGCCUGUGAUUGAGCAAUUUCUACGCAACAGAAAUUGAUUAGGAGAAGGCUAGAAAUUUUGAGAUCAAGACCCCAGGAGUUUUGAUAUCUGGUGAGGAGAUGUCUCUUUCUAGUGUCCUUGUGCAAACUACCACAGACCUCUCUCAUGUUCACACUUAAUCAUCUUCAAAAUUCUCUACCUCUCCCAUUGGUGGUUAAGAUUCAGCACGAGAAGUUCGAGGAGAACGUUCAGCCCACAGCAGGAGCUAUCUCCACUAUGUUCUUCAUUUCAUUGCUGGGGUCAUUCAUUCUGUAAUGUAUCUGUUUCUACUUUAAUCCAAAUGCAAGAUGUCCAUUUGAGAAGCCAGGCAAGUUUGGGACAGAGUUUGCUACUACAACCUCAUCUCAAGAGUCAGUCAUUCUGACUGUUCUGUUUUGUACAAAUCUUUCACCAUAGUUGUUAACAGUCUAUCUGAAGUUCACUGGGGCAAAGGUUCUGAAGGUUCUGGGAAACUUUCUUCUUCUUCUUCUUCUUCUUCUUCUUCUUCUUCUUCUUCUUCUUCUUCUUCUUCUUCUUCUUCUUCUUCUUCU